GGCCUCGGUAGUUGGGUUUCCGAGCUUUCAACUUUUAGAAGUUGGCUCAGCUUGCCGAGGAAGGAUGGGAGAAAGCAUUUGUCUUUACGUUGGUCGAGCACAAGAUUGCGCAGUCUAUUUGUGCAGGCGUCCGCUACUGUAAGAGCAGGACUCGAAGCUCCUGGCGAACCUAUCGUUGAAAAGCUUCUGCAUUUGAGUAUCGAGAGGUAUUGAACCAGAGAACCCGAAGCAGAGGGACCGCUGAAAAGCAGGAGUCGCUUCUGUGAGGAUUCGGAGAGAAGUUGUGAUCUUCUCGUGUACUUUUGAUUGGUGCUAGCUCACAAUCGAAGAAGAAACGCUCAGCAUGAAGAGGGGCGAAGGAGAGCGACUGCAUUCGUUGACCGAAGAGGAGAAGCAGAGGCAGCAAGAGCAGGCCCCGCCCAACUUCGGGACACUCGAUGAGAAGCACAUCGACAUGGCUCUGCACGGGAUCGAGGUCGAGACGCCCCUCCCUCGCGACAUCCCCGAUAACCAGCGCGACAAGAUCGGAGGCAAGCCGGGGGACGUGCACGAAAUCCGGGGCAAGCCGAUCGACCCGGACGAUGCCGCGCGGAUUCAGGCGGCGGAAAUGGAGGCUGGCCACGAGAUUGGGAAGGGCUCCCUGGCCGCGCGCGCACAAGCCGCGGCCGCGUUCAACCAGCGCGAGAGCAUUGUCCCAACCAAGGGCGGCGGCGUCGGCAUCGACAGUCACCGGGGCGUGCAGACCGGGAACAAUGCUGACGCGCACUUCAAGAUGAAGACACAGGCCGGGGACCGGAAAUAUAACUAGGACACUUGUGGAUCUGCAGUCGGGGCAAAAAAGCAUCUGGUUGGUACCAAGUAAGAAGUGGCAAGGUUGCGAAAGACCAAAAGAAAAAAAUACCGUUAUACUUGGGUCACUUUCUGCAGUCGGGGAGGAAUGCAUUGCAUGUGGUUGAAACAAAAUGUGAAGUGGCAAGGUUGCGGAAGAUCAGACAGAGUAGAGAGGAAACAUACUUGGGUCACUUCUGGAUCUGCUCAUCUGCGGUCUGGGCACAACGCAUCUGGUCGGUAAAGAGUUAGUUAGAAGUGGCAAGGUUGCGAGAGAUCCAAACAGAGUAUCUCUUCGGUGGGUACGUGAAGCGGUGGUUCGGAGUGUGCGAGGAGUAGGUCGUUCAAAGGAUGAAGUUCAGAUUUGGGGCGAUGAAGUUCGUGACGGCAUUUAGGUCGAGCGAACUAUUAGGGACGGGUGACGAGGCGCAUGGCUGUCUGUGUAAGUAUCAGCGGGGAGCUGAAAGUAAACUUUGUGUAUUAUGUGUGUUAGGGGUUCACUAGUCAAGUCAGGUCUGGAGUGCCAGGCUCGUUUUGCGAUGACGGUUGAAAUGAUUGUGGUUACCUUUAACAGCUACAUAAGUUCCUGUACGCUUGAUAUGACUUCCAUUGAGAUAACUUAAUAAGACUCUCAGCUCGCGCAUGAUGCAGUAUAACUUGAAAUGCAAUAGCAAAAAUUCUCGCUCAAGACACAGCGCGUUCUUCGUGCCGGCCAU